CACGUUGAAUAUUUUGAAUAUUGGUGCCUGAACAUGAAGAUGAAUAUGGGAAUGAACGUUAACAAAUUACACGUAUGUGGUUUUUUGUAUAAUGUCUGCUUAUGCUAGUUACUAACGACCGACUGUAUGUGUGGUUAUGGACGUACAUACGGUGCUUGGUUGAUCUGGCUUGGCUUAUUUACACCGGCGACUGUUGUAAGCUAGAAUAUGUUUUAUCCAAAUUGUACACCAUAAAACUUUGCAAAAUAUUGAGAAGUUAAUCAAAGAUAUGGGGGAUUCUGCAGUAUAUAUGGACAGAAAUGCUCCAUGCCUAAUAUUCUAUCCUGCAAUACCAGAGUUGGCAAGAUAUUUCAGUUUUCUUUGCAUAUUCACUCUCGCUGCAGCCAAUGUUUGCGUGAAAUGUGGUUGAUUUGGUUUAAUUUUAAAUAAAAAGGCAUAUUAUCUUCUGGUGAUUCUUGAUCAACAUCUAGCAUAUUACCCAGUUAAUGAACGAAAAGAUAAAGCAGAUGCCUUAGCUUAGCAUCUAGCCAUUAUCUAAGAAAUUCGAAUGCCUCCUCGAAUUUGAUAGGAUAUUAUAUUCGAUUGUUUGGACAUGCGUAUGUUUCUUUCUCAGUUGAAAGUAAGUAAAUUAGAUGCGUCCUUGAAUUUGGUAGGAUAUUAUAUUCGAUUGUUUUGGACAUGCGUAUGUUUCUUUCUCUGUUGAAAAUAAGUUACUUAGAUGCUAGAUGCUGAUAAGUGUGACUAACAGUGGAGGCAUCAGCAUAUAUCGUUGUCUAUUCAGUUAAGUAUUGCAAAUUGACUAAGAAUCAGCUUUUUGUGAAAGGACUCUUCAUACCUGUAUUGUGAAUCAUAUUCUCAUUUCGAGCCUUAUACUGAAGGAAGAGAUGCAGACAAUAUUUGAUUCUAAAAUUUGGAUUGACGUCCACGUAAACUACUGUACUAUCCGUUUUAUAAAUCAGGAACACAGAUUUCUGCAGAAUCAGAAACUACUGAGACCAUAAUGUUUUUCCUGCUUAACUUCUAAUACGUCAAAUUUCUCCUACGCACGACGUCUGAGAAUUUGCUGCUGAACUGAUAGUGAAAAGAACUUGAUGGGGAGCGAGGUGAAGCACAUAGCAUAUGGACCGUGGGGAGGUCAAAGUGGGUAUGAAUGGGAUGAUGGAAUCUAUUCAGGUGUAAGGCAAGUAGUGAUCUCUACCAGUUCAGUUGGAAUCCAUUCCAUCCAGUUUGAGUAUGAUAAGAAGGGUCGCGCAAUUUGGUCUGACAAGCAUGGUGGCAACAAUGGUACUAGGACUGAUCAGAUCAAGCUUGACUACCCUACUCAAUAUCUAGUCUCAAUUAGCGGAUUUUGUGGUUCUAUUCCGAAAGGUGGUCCAGUGAUUGUCCGCUCACUUUCCUUGCAAACCAACAGGAAAAAAUAUGGACCUUUUGGUAUUGAGCAAGGAGCUCCUUUCUCACUGCCUGUUAAUGAUGAGAUGUUAGUGGGUUUUCAUGGAUGGAGCAGUGAAUACCUUGAUUCAAUUGGGGUUUACGUAAAAUCUAAACCGCAGACAAAUCUUUUGGAGACACAUAGGAUGCUCCCUACUACUCAUGUUAGAGUUCCUGGGAUUAACAAGAAAGUCCUGUCACUUGGACCGUGGGGUGGUGAUGGUGGAUCAAACUUCGAUGAUGGAAUAUAUACAGGGGUUCGAGAAGUACAUAUAACACGGUCAGGAGGGCUGGUAUCCAUUAGAGUUUGUUAUGAUCAAAAUGGGAAGGUGGUUUGGGGGAACAAGCAUGGUGGAUCUGGAGGACUCAAGCUUGACAAGAUUGUUUUCGACUAUCCCUACGAAGUCCUGACUCAUAUCACAGGAUUCUAUGGAUCCACAAUCCUGCGAGGACCUACAGUUGUCAAAUCACUUACUUUCCACACCAACAAAAGAAGUUACGGACCAUUUGGAGAUCCACAAGGGUUUCCGUUCUCCACAGGCUCGUUAGGUGCAAUUGUUGGCUUUCAUGGAAGAAAUGGAUAUUUUGUGCAUAGCCUUGGAGUCCAUAUUCUCGAAAGCAAACCAGUCUAUCCGCAGUCUUAUCCUGAUCAUUAUGACAUGUCUAACCAUGUUCUUGAAAGAAAACCAGUCCUUGCUCAGCCUUAUGCUGAUCCUUAUGACAUGGCUAAACAUGUUCUUGAAAGAAAACCAGUCCUUCCUCAGCCUUAUGCUGAUCAUUAUGACAAGAUGCCUAAACAUGUUCUUGAAAGAAAACCACCCCUCCGUCCACCUUAUCCUGAUCAUUAUGACAUGCCCGGCGUAAAGCCUCCUGAGGUAGUAUGGGGAAUGCCAAGACAACCAGCUCUCUAUGAUUCAGGUCAAACCGGGCCAUGGGGAGGUGAAGGAGGUAAGUCAUGGGAUGAUGGAGUUUAUACUGGGGUCAAGAAAAUUAUUCUAACAAGAGGAGAUGCUAUUUGCUCAAUACAGAUUCAGUACGAUGAACACGGCCACUCUGUUUGGUCUGCCCCACACGGAAUAGCCAACGACGCUUGCACAUACCAUAUAAAAUUUGAUUACCCAUAUGAAGUACUUACAAGCAUCAGCGGAAGCUACGAUAUUCUAGUCGGAGAUAUGUACAGAAGGGUAAUAAGAUCUCUCACCUUCCAUACGAACAAAGCUAAAUACGGACCCUAUGGGAAACCCAUAGGCACACACUUUUCUUCGAGUAAUAAAGAAGGUAAAAUAGUCGGCUUCCAUGGAAGGAGUGGCACUUUCUUGGAUGCUAUUGGAGUUCAUAUGCAGCACUGGGUGAGCGACGAUUUGUCUCAUCAACCAUAUUCUCCUGAGAGAGGAGGCUUCAGAAAUAUCCUGAACAAAAUGUACAUUGGUCAUUUUAAGGAAGCUAUAAUUGUCCUGGAUUCUAUUUCAGAAAAUGGGUUUAGGCUUAAUUCUAAUGCAUUUUUACAGCUGUUAGAUUGUUGUAUUGAACUUAAUUCAGCUGAAUUAGGGCGUGAAUUGCAUUCUAGGGUACACUUAGUUCAGGAUGUUUGCCCCUUUGUUGAGACUAAAUUGGUUAGUAUGUAUGCUAAAUGUGGGUGUUUGAAUGAUGCUCGUAAGGUGUUUGAUGAAAUGUCUGAGAGAAACUUGUUUAGUUGGUCAGCUAUGAUUGGGGCUUACUCUAGGGAGCAAAGAUGGAGUGAGGUGGUUGGGUUGUUUGGUUUGAUGAUGAAAGAGGGUAUUUUGCCUGAUGGGUUUUUGUUUCCUAAGAUUUUACAAGCUUGUGGGAAAUGUGAGGAUUUUGAGACUGGAAGAUUGAUACAUUCGUUGGUGAUUCGAAGUGGGAUGAGUUCGUGUAAGCGGGUUAUUAAUGCAUUGUUGGCUGUGUAUGUAAAGUGUAGAAAAAUGAGUUUGGCUAGGAGGUUUUUUGAGGAAAUGGAUGAGAGGGAUAUUGUUAGUUGGAACUCAAUGAUAUCCGGAUAUUGUCGUACAGGGGAGAAUGUUGAGGCGCAUAGGUUACUGAAUAUGAUGUUUGAAGAGGGGAUUGAACCUAGCAUGAUAACGUGGAACAUAUUAGUUACUGGUUACAAUCAAUCAGGUAAUUGUGAUGCUGCAUUGGAACUCAUCAACAAGAUGAGAGGUUUCGGAAUGAUCCCUGAUGUUUUUACCUGGACCUCAAUGAUCUCAGGCCUUGCACAGAACAAUAGGGUAGUUGAAGCAUUAGAACUUUUCAGGGAGAUGCUUUUGGUUGAUGUUCAUCCAAAUGAGGUUACCAUAGCUAGUGCAGUCUCUGCCUGUGCAUCUGUGGAAUUUCUUGAGAAGGGGAAAGAGCUUCAUUCAGUUGCUGCUAAAAUGGGUUUUUGUAGCAAUGUUUUAGUUGGGAAUUCACUUAUAGACAUGUAUUCAAAAUGUGGAGAAUUUGAAGCAGCACGCAAGGUCUUUGAUUUGAUGUCUGAAAAAGAUGUUUAUACAUGGAAUUCAAUGAUAGGAGGCUAUUGCCAAGGUGGUUAUUGUGGCAAAGCCCAUGAGCUGCUUAUGAGGAUGCAGGAAUCAGAUACAUCACCCAACGUUGUGACUUGGAACAUCAUAAUCUCAGGUUACAUCCAAAAUGGAGAUGAAGACCAAGCCAUGGAGAUCUUUCAGAUGAUGGGGAAAGAAGGAAUAGUAAAGCCUAAUACAUCAUCAUGGAACUCUCUUAUUUCUGGUUAUCUGCAUAUGGGACGCAAGGAUGAGGCACUGAUGAUCUUCCGACAAAUGCAAUGUUUUGGUUAUCGACCCAAUCCAGUUACAAUUUUGUCAAUUUUACCUGCUUGUGGUAAUCUAAUAGCAGCAAACAAAGUGAAAGAAAUCCAUGCUUGUGUGCUGCGCGGAAAUUUAGAUUCCCAUAUUGCUAUUUCAAAUUCAUUUAUAGACGUUUAUGGCAAGUCAGGCAACCUUGCUUACUCGAGCUCUGUAUUUAACUGUAUGUCGUCAAAGGAUAUCAUCACUUGGAACUCAUUUAUCGCUGGUUAUGUUUUACAUGGCCGUUCAAAUGAUGCACUUGAAGCCUUUGAUAUGAUGACAAGGGAAGGAUAUAAGCCUAAUAGAGGUACUUUUAUAAGUCUUAUACUUGCAUGCAGACGUGUAAAAUUGGUUGAGAAAGGGAAGCAAGUUUUCAGGAGCAUGACCAAAGAUUACCAAAUUGUGCCUGGUUCUGAACAUUAUGCAGCAAUGGUAGAUUUAUUUGGCAGUUCAGGUAGGCUUAGAGAGGCAAUUGAAUUCAUUAACUGCAUGGAGACGGAACCUGAUUCAGCUGUAUGGGAUGCAUUGCUGACAGCAAGUCGAUCCUGUGGUAACAUUGCUUUGAUAAUCCAUGCAGGUGAACAUUUGCUUAAAUUGAACCCUGGAAAUGGUGUAAUCCACCAUUUGCUUUCACAGGCAUAUAUGGCAUCUGAAAGAUCUGUCAACACUCUAGAACACAGGGCACUUGGAAAUUUGGAUUUGAAAAAACCUUGUGGGUGCAGCUUGCUUGAAUGGAAAAAUCAGGUGUAUCAGUUUGUUAGUGGUGACCGUUGUACUUCAGGUUUGAGCGCUAUUUCUUCUUGGCUAAAGAGUAUUGAAGAGGAUAUUAAAUUACCUGACUCUGAAAGUAUGCACUAUGUACAUGAAGAAGAUUUUGAAGAAGUUAGUGGGUUACACAGUGAAAAGCUUGCCCUUGGUUUUGCUCUUCUCAACACAGAAUUUAAAGAUAGAGAAAAAAAGCCAGUUGCUGUUGGGCCAUGGGGUGGUCAAACUGGAUCUAAUUGGGAUGAUGGAGUAUACACAACUGUGAGACGCAUACUAAUUACACAUGGAGCUGGUAUCGACUCCAUUCACAUUGAAUAUGAUAAGCAAGGACAUCCAGCAUGGUCAGAUAAGCAUGGUGGAACUGGAGGCUAUAAAACAGAUGAGAUAAAACUUGCAUAUCCAGAAGAGUUUUUGACUUCUGUCCAUGGUUACUAUGGGCCCUUAUAUCAUGGUGGCCCUCUCUGUGUUCGAUCACUGACCUUUGUCAGCAAUGAAAAAACACAUGGACCAUUUGGUGUGGAGCUGGGAACAUUCUUUUCCUGCCCAAAGGUUGGGGAAAAGAUCAUUGGUUUCUACGGUAGAUGUGGUUGGUUCCUAGAUGCCAUUGGAGUGUAUCUGAAGCCUUUUGAUAAGAAGCCUGUACCUUAUUCACAAAACUAUGUUUCUAACAGGGCUGAUAAUUCCGGUUACUCAGUUAUACAUGGAAGUUUAGGGAAGGAUUAUGAUAUAGUGCUUGCUAUAAAACAGAGGGAAAACUUCGGUAAUGCUCCUGCUCCACCAAAAAUAAGGGAAUUGGACUCCAAUACUUCACCAUUAACAUUCUCAAGACAAAGUUCACGUUCUGAGUCUUCUGACUCCUCUGAUGUAGAGAGUAAAGAUAAGGUGUUUGCCCCUACUCCCCUUGUUGAUAAAAAGCUCGCAGGUCUUGUGACUCAUGGACCCUGGGGUGGUAAUGGAGGAACUGCAUUUGAUGAUGGAACGUACACUGGCAUCAGGCAGAUUAUCAUAUCUCGAAAUGUUGGUAUUGUCUAUAUGAAAGUGUUAUAUGAGCAGAAAGAGGAAGCUGUAUGGGGAAGAAGAAAUGGAGGGACUGGUGGAUUCAAAAAAGACAAGAUAAUCUUUGAUUAUCCUUAUGAAAUCUUGACACAUAUAACGGGAUUUCAUGGCCCUACUAUGAUCAGUUCUAGCAUCAUUAAAUCACUCACAUUCUAUACCACGAAAGGAAAAUAUGGACCAUAUGGUGAAGAGCAAGGUGUGGCCUUUACCUCCAAAUCGAAGGAAGGGAUGAUUGUGGGCUUUCAUGGGCGAAAAGGUCUUUUCCUGGAUGCCAUUGGGGUUCAUGUUAAAGAGGGAAAAGUAAUACCACAAGUGCGCCCUCCUUUGCCUUUGAAUGACAAUAAACCUGCUAUUAAACCUGCUAUUAAACCUGCUACUAAACCUGCUAUAGAAGGGAAUCCCUUGUGGCCUAGCAAACCAAUGGUUGCACGAGGAGCACUAACAGAAGAGCCUGCUCACAAGAUUGUAAAAGAACCAGCACCAUGUGGACCUGGACCCUGGGGCGGUGAUGGAGGGAAGCCUUGGGAUGAUGGAGUCUUCACUGGAAUUAAACAGAUUUUUCUGACAAAAUCUGAAGUAAUUUGCUCAAUACAAAUUGAAUAUGAUCGAAAUGGACAGUCAGUUUGGUCCAUCAAACAUGGCGUUAACACUGGCACCAAGACACAUCGGAUCAAACUGGAGUAUCCAAAUGAAAGCCUUACCUGUAUAUCAGGUUACUAUGGUCCAGUUACCAAGGAUGAUCAUCCCAAAGUCAUCAGAUCGUUAACUUUCUAUACUAGUCGAGGAAAGUACGGUCCAUUUGGCGAGGAAACAGGAACGUUCUUCACAUCAACAACUACUGAAGGAAAAGUGGUUGGCUUCCACGGAAGAAGUGGCUCAUACUUGGAUGCUAUUGGUGUUCAUAUGCAGCACUGGUUAGGAAAUUACAAGCAGGCAAAACCUUCUCUGUUCAACAUGUUUGGCUGAAUAAGUGAAUAACUACGAUUUGAUGUCUUCUUCGAUAAUACAGUAUACAGUACAAAGUAAAUGUAAAUCAAGGCAGAUUGUUGCGAACCUUUGGUUUUCCUGGGAAAUCGUUGAGAAGACAAUUUUAGAUUGAAUCAAAGACGACUUUAGAUUGAAUCAUUUGGAUUCUAAGUGUACUAUUUUGUUCAAGGAUUGUUUAGUGUGAUUCUUGAUUUCUUGUUGGACUAUGUUUUUGGAAGGAAAUUCUUAAUGAACUAACUUUGACCGAGUAUAGGACUAGAAUUGUGAAAUAUUACAGCUUGAUUAUGAA